AUGAAGUUGACCAAUCUCAAAAAGAAAAAGCUAAGUUUAGAAAAUGAGGGAAUACUCGUUGAUCUGUUGGUGUUGGAAUCUAAGGGAAACAUUAAUGGUUUUGCAAUAGAAGGGGAUUUUGAUGUUAAAACUGAUAAAGAUGAAGUGAAUCUCGAGAAUGGAACCACUAUCGAUCCUUUUGUAUUGAUAAAGAGUAAUGGCAUUGCUCAGGAUGUUAAUAUAAUGGUCAUGUUGGCAAAAAACACUUGGGAAGGAGAACAAGUUGUUAAGAGCACUGAUGUUUAUGAUGCUAAUAAGAUCAAAAUUUUGGCAGAUGUUAUUAAUACAGAUGAUUGGCUCCCUAACGUUAGUAAAAGAACUCAUAGGGGGUUUUAA